UCAAAUGUACUAAAUUAUUAUGUUUGUGCUGUUCCCAGUUCCAGAUUCGGUUCAAUACUUCAACUCUACUGCGCCAAGGGCGGACAGCAUGGCACUGUUGACCCAUAGGAGAAAGAGAACCAACUUCAGCCCGCAGCAAAUCGAAGUGCUGGAAAAGGUGUAUUCUGACACUAAAUAUCCUGAUAUCUACCUACGGGAGAGACUUGAGGCUCUGACUGGUCUGCCGGAGUCCAGAAUUCAGGUCUGGUUCCAGAACAGACGGGCCAAGUCACGCCGGCAGGUCAGCUCAUCGGCCCCCAUGAAAUCCAACGGGCCGACCAGCUCUGCCCCCGUCCCGUUCGCGCAACUCCAAAACAGAAUGGCUGCAGACAUGAUAGGUUUAACACACUUCCCAUUGGACGGCAGCUUCAGACCGACUCAGCGCCACUGUAAAGGCGAGGAGAACCACGUGUCUUCAUCUACGACAAAGCAACAGAGCUACGAACACAAGUCUGUAACUUCUUGUGUUUACGAAGCGAUGUCUCCGAAAAAGCCCGAACUCAGCGUUGUCGUCCCCUGCGUCACGUCAUUUCAGAAGGCGCAUCAACAUGACGUCAAAGCCCAUUACUCAUCUCAUGGAAACGCAGGACCGAAGCUUAUUGUGGAAUACGACAAUUUCCCACCCAACAAGACCAUUGGACCGGAGAUGAAAGUGGUUAUUCCCCCAAUUCCAACACAUUCGCACUGCCACUUUUCUCCGAUCCAUGCCAGUGAGGACUUUUCUGACUCGGACUCUGAUUGGGAAACCAGUGCCAUGGUCGGCUUUGGGGGUUUUAUGUGAUUCUGUGACACAGCAAAACAGUCGCAUUAUGUACGUAUGUAGUAUACAAUUGUAAACUUGCUUUAAAAUAUAUUCUUAUUUAUUAAAAAAAAAAACUUGUCUAUAAAUGCACAAUGUCUUCUUCCAAAUAAGAUCAACACACUUACACACUGACCGAAACCUGCUUUGCAAUGUUUAAUAUAAAAAGACAGCAAUAUUUAUAUACACUCGCCCUGAGGCACUCCCAUAUACAACUUUACAAAACUGAAAGUCCUGGUAAACAACUUGAAUUAAGGGUUACAUCAGAGAUGUAUGUUCAGUGAAAGGGGGUGCCAUGCCAAA